UAUUUGUCGGCACAGGGCUCUGCUAUUAACUAUUUGUAAUCUAAAUGUUAUAGAUUGGAUAUUAAUGUUUUUUUUAAAGAAACUUUUUAGUUCUUUUUCAAAGAACGGCAAGGACAACAGUACUCAUGGAUGUCUAGAAGAAGAUGCAAUUCCUGUGGAUUAUGCAAGUUCACGCGUUGUUCUUACUCCACAAGUACAUCAUAGAAGUAACUCUGAUAACUUUUCCGAAGUUAGUGUCCCAGAAAAUAAUACAAUGAACGUAAACAAUGUUAAUCAACAGGUAGUAGUACAAUUUUCAAACAUUAAUGGACUACAGAUAGGAUCCACCUAUAAUAUAAAUAAAAAUAAUAUCUGUAAGCCGGAGGAUAAAUGGGAAAAUGCAAAAUUAAAAAAAAACGAAAAAUGUAAAUAUCCAAAAACAAUUACCGUUGAUGCCAUGAUGAAAUCUCAAGAUGAACCAUACAGAGAAAUGCUUAAUGAAAUUGCAACCCACUUAGGAAGUGACUAUAAACAAUUUAUGCGAGAGUUGGGUUUUUCUGAAGGUCAAAUAUCAGCAAAAGCUAUUGAUAAUAAUGUGUAUGGAGUAAAAGAGAUUAUUUAUCAACUUUUAUUGGAUUGGUUACGUAAUUCGGAUGAGGAAGGAACUGUAGGAUUUCUUAUUACAAAGCUAUGGAAUUCAGGCCACCGAGAAUGCGUUUAUCGACUUAAAUCAAUAUGGAAAUCCAAAGGUCUUGCUAAAACGAAUGAUGGAAAUGAUUACACUGUGAUACAAAAAUGAACAAACAUUUUUUGCAAGGGUUCUUAUAUUAAGUAGAGUUCUUAGAUUACGAACAUAUCGCUCAUUUACUACAAGACUGCCAUAAUCCAAAAUUCGGAUUUUUUGAACUGAGUGCUACAAAACGUUCGACAUACUAAGUUUUUUAUAUAGAUUUAUAAAAUUUUAAAUUGUAUCACUAUUAUUUUCGAUGUGAGAUCGAUUUUUUUGUAAACGCAAAAACUAAAACUCAUGUUUUCACGAAUAUUAGAUAUAUAAAAAUUUAAUUUCAAUUUAGAUGAGAAACAUCUACAUCUUUACUAUCUGAAUCUGUUUAAUUUUAGAUUUGUUUAAAAGUUAAUUAAAAAAUAGUAAAAUGCCAAUAAACAUUCAAAGCCAUUUUUCUUGUAGUAAAUGAGCGAAAAUCGUCACCUGAAAUGCAAAGGGGCGUAACAACCAAAACAUUUAAAAUCAACUUUUUGAUUGAAAAUAUGUACAUUAGGGUUGGCAUAGCAUAGGCCUUUACAAAAUGUGAGAAACUACGUUAUUAUUUUUUUGCGGUUAUUAAAAAAGUUCACGCAUCAAAUGUCUGUUCGUCUGUUUUUUUAAAUUAAUUUUUUGAAGGCCCCAUAAAUCUCGGGAAUCCAAAUCUUAAAUAAUUCCAUUAGAUAUGCUUUUAAGAAUUUAGCUGACUAAAAUCAGUAAAAUCGGUCAAUAAGAAUCGGAGAUAUGGUCAAAACAAAUAUGAUCAACAAAUAUAUAUUAUGGACUUUUUGAUUUAGGGAUGUAAAAUAUUAUAUUUGCGUAAAAAUCAAAAAGUGCAGAGAUAUAGGCAGUGAUGAGUCGCGAUAUGACAAAAGAGUACUUUUCCGUUAAAAAGUGACCGUAUAUAAUAAAUAUUAAAAUUUGAAAAUAAUAAAAAUAAACAUUUUAAUAAAAUUUGGUUUAUAUUAGAAAUUGGGGUUGGUGCGUGAUGUUUUUGAUUCCAAUUGACCUAAAAAAAUUAUUUUCAUUACUUGUACAACAUUGGCAAUCAUGUGGUGGUUCGCGAAAUUAGUUAUAUCCCUAAUGUACAUGUUGUCGCAAAAUAAUAGACAAUAUCUGGCGGGACUCUUAUAUUCAAACGUUUUUAUUGAAGU